AUGUUAGUAAGGGAAGAUUUGGAGAAAUUAAAAAAGGAGUCUACGUUAUUGAGAGCGGACCCAAGCAAAUCUAAGAGGAAAAAAAAAGCGAAGAGUCAAGAUGAUUAUGGAGCCUACAAGUGUUCACAGAAGCGGCACAAGUGUUCACAUCUGAUAACUGAUAAUGCCAAAUCACAGCAAGAAAAACAUGCAUCAAAUGUUACUGAGGAGCAAAAAGGAAUCAGCAUUAAUAAAAAUAACAAAAUUAUUAUUGAACAAAAAUUAGCUGUAAAACAAGCCGAAGAAAAAACAGAAGUCAUUAAUGUUGACAAUUUUGAUCAUACUUCUGUGGGAACAAAAUUGUUGGCAGAUAAAAAAAUAUUACGCUAUCUUCUAAAAUACCCUGUAAAAACAAAUAAAAAAGAUUCUUCCAAAAAAACAGCUUCUGAAAAGGCUAUGAAUGUGGAACAAUUACAAUAUCUAUAUCCACCGAAAAAGGCAAUAGUGGAUCCCAUUUCUAAAAAAACUAUUGUUUCAAGGCACAAUUGUGAGGUUUGCGGCAAAUACUUUUCGUCGAAUUUCACUCUGACACGUCACAAGAUUUCGGUGCACAUGCCACGCAGCUCCAGGCAUCAGUGUCGGGUCUGCAAGGAGACGUUUGAGUUGCAAUCUCAACUAAAUUCGCACAAGUGUAACCUCGCAAACUACCAACAGAUGGCAAGUAAUGGUGCCAUGCAGCUAUAUCGGGGAACAGGCGCAGAUGUUGGUCAGUUGACCGCCGAGGACUACUUCAUGGGUAGGGAUGACUUUGAAAUGCCAGCACCUAUAGUCCAGUUGACUGAGUACAAUCAGUGCAUUCCAAUGGAGCCGUACAUCCAACAGUAUAGCAAUGGAAGCAAUACGACAAUGUGCAUAUUGCCGAUGGAAAAUUCAAAAUACAAAUUGGUCAUGCAAGAGGUGCCGAUAGAGUUC